AUGCCCGCCAUCCGAACGUCAAAGAAUCGCAAGCCACCACCAGAUGGCUUCGAAGACAUCGAAGACACGCUUCUCGAAUUCGCCAACAAAAUGAAAGACGCCGAAAAUGCAAGCCACGAAGGCAAGAAGAAGCAUGAAAUGCUCUGGCCUGUCUUUCAAAUUACUCACCAGCGGUCGCGGUAUAUCUACGAUCUCUACUACGAGAAAGAGGCCAUCAGUAAAGCGCUCUACGACUGGCUGCUCAAGAAUGGCUAUGCUGACGCCAAUCUCAUCGCCAAAUGGAAGAAACAAGGCUACGAGAAGCUUUGUUGUCUCCGCUGCAUCCAGACCAAAGAGACGAACUUCAACAGCACCUGUAUCUGCCGUGUGCCGCGAGAACAGCUCAAGGCGGACCAGGAGAUCCAGUGCGUGAGCUGUGGGUGCCGAGGCUGCUCGAGCGGUGAUUGA